AUUUUCCUGCUGCCGCGGUUUGGGGCUGCUAGACUGCCCUGGACUGGGUUGGGGUUGCGUAGGGCGGGGUGGAUGUGGGAAGGAGUGAGCCUCUGAGCAAUGGGGCGAGAUGCUAAGGAGUCCAGCAGAGGCUGGAGCCGGCAGUCCCGAUGCUACCGCUCCUUCUAGACUGUCCGCAGCCAAGGGCAGAAGAUCGCUGACCUAAGUCUCCAGGAAAGUGCACCGAGGCCGCGUCCCGGAAAGCUAGAGAAAGGGAAAGUUUGUGUGCGUGCCUCAGUGUGUAUGUGUGUUUGAGUGUGUCUUGUGUGCACGCAUCUCCCCUCCCCCGCCGUGCCGGGCCGGCGGGGGGGGCGGAAAGCCAGCCGCGCCCCCUCCAUCAUCCCUCUUCCCACCCUUCCCCCAGAUGUGCUGAGAGGCACCAGGAGGGAGGAGGAGGAGGAGGAAGAAGAGGAGGAGGAGGAGGAGGAAAAGCAGGAGGACCCGGCUUCUGGCUUGUUUUCUGACUUUCCCCAUCCUACCACCCAUGGAGGCUGCCGGGUCCUCGGCUAAGGCGGCCAAGGUCGGGGCAGGAAACGGGGGUAGCGAAGGGAGUCCUCCUCCUCCUCCUCCUCUUCCCUCUCCCCCUCCCCCUCCGGCAACACCGGGGUCCGCAGGAUCUGGGGAUUCGGAGCCCGCCCAUUCCUCGAGCCCCGCGGCGGGCCCGGGCUCCCCGGCCCCUUCGCCGGAGCUUCCAGCUUACAAGCUGCAAGACUUCGAUACGCUGGCUACAGUGGGCACAGGUACCUUUGGACGAGUUCAUCUAGUGAAGGAAAGAACAGCCAAACAUUAUUUUGCCUUGAAGGUGAUGAGCAUUCCGGAUGUCAUUCGGCUAAAGCAAGAACAGCAUGUGCAUAAUGAAAAGUCAGUUCUGAAAGAAGUCAACCAUCCAUUUCUCAUCAGAUUAUAUUGGACCUACCAUGAUGAAAGAUUUUUAUAUAUGUUGAUGGAAUAUGUUCCUGGAGGAGAACUUUUCAGCUACUUGAGAAACAUGGGACGGUUUAAUAACAGCACAGGACUAUUUUACUCUGCGGAGAUUAUCUGUGCAAUAGAAUAUCUGCACUCCAAAGAAAUAGUUUACAGAGAUUUAAAACCUGAAAAUAUAUUAUUAGAUAAAGAAGGCCAUAUCAAGCUCACUGAUUUUGGAUUUGCUAAAAAGCUAGUAGACAGAGUGAAUAAUUCUCUGAGAUGGGGAAGGGUCAGAAUUACACAGGAGAAAAGAACAUGGACACUCUGUGGGACACCAGAAUACCUUGCUCCAGAAGUCAUACAAAGUAAAGGUCACGGAAGAGCAGUAGACUGGUGGGCUCUGGGGAUUCUGAUAUUUGAGAUGCUGUCUGGAUUUCCUCCAUUUUUUGAUGACAACCCAUUUGGCAUCUAUCAAAAAAUUCUUGCAGGCAAAAUAGAUUUCCCCAGGCAUUUGGAUCUCUAUGUAAAAGACCUUAUUAAGAAACUUCUUGUGGUAGAUAGGACAAGACGACUAGGAAACAUGAAGGAGGACAUUGACAAGCUAGAAUGUGUACAGAAGAAGAUGACCAGAAUGGUGAAGGGGACUGGAAACCAUGCUAUACAAGGAUCAGUUGAAAGAAAGAAUGGAGCAGACGAUGUGAAAAGGCACCGGUGGUUCAGGUCUGUGGACUGGGAUGCGGUACCCCAGAGAAAACUGAAGCCUCCUAUAGUGCCGAAGGUUUCCAAUGAUGGUGAUACAUCUAAUUUUGAAGCUUAUCCUGAAGAUGACUGGAAUAAGACACCACCUGUGCCUCCUAAAGACUUAGAAAUCUUUAAGAAUUUCUGAGUACAGGGAAUCACAUAUGGAAAGGAAUUGUGAAAAUAAUUCUGAAACUUUUUGCCUUUCCAUUUUACUGCUUUGAAAAAAAGGAGCUCAAACAUUAGCUGAUGAUUGGAAAACUAACAAAAAUUCUUUGUAUUUGUGCCAUUGAAUGUCAGAAACUGGAAGAAGAUGUGGAAUGGUCUGAGCACAUUUGAAAAAACGAACUGGGCAUCUGCCAACCUGAAGAAAUUCUUUCACAUGAAUGAGAAAGUUUCCACACUCAUAUAUGCAUAUAUUUAUAUAAAAUGAAAUUGGAGGGCUGGUGAAGUUUAAUUUUAACUGUGUAAAUCUGUCAUUAGUUGAACAACUGUUACUACAGAAAGUCUAUUUAGUAGUAGAUCAUUUGAUUAAAUUUAUUGGUUUAUAUUCUUUAGGUUAGUGUUACUUUUCUGCUAUGCCAGACCUUUUUUUUUUUUUUUUUUUUUUUUUGUCUUUUGCUUUAUCUCAUAGACUUAACUUUAUAAGUUUAUACUAAACUUGUGACAUUGUAAGCACAGAUUAGUAUGUAUGUAUAUAAAGAAAACAAAAUCAACUUAAGCACAGGGAUUGUGCAAAGAUGUAAAUGUUUGUACUUUGCAGAGUCUAUGAUUUUUAUUUUUCAGAUUUUUUUCAAAAUUCUCUUCUUUGGGGAGAUAAAACUCUUAAAGGACAAAUAUGUUUUUCUUCAUCUUAAUAAACAUUUUAUAAUUCUUUGUAUAAAAAAGAAAGAAAUUAUGUUAAGACUGUCAUUAAAAUGUCCAGUGCUUCAUGUCUAUUAACUAUAGUACUUGAAAGUCUGAGAAAAGGGGAUGAGGUACAAGUCUCAUCUUUAGUUCAUGAAAGCCCUAUUGAUUCAUGAGUGUUCAAAAAACAAAAGUGUCUUGGAAAUAUUUCACUUACUUUUAUGCUGUAUGGUAUCCUGCUGUAUACUGGGACUUCUACUUAUUUAAAGUUGAAAUAUAAAUCUGGCAAAUAAUACAGUGCCCAAGACCAUGAGCUCUAUUGUUUUCAGCCACAGGUAGAGUUUUCCCCCUUUAAUUUAGGAAGGAGAGAAGAACUUCACAAGUGGCAAGAUGUAAAGAUCCAUUGUACCCUGUAAAAAAUUACCCAGAGAUCUAACUUCUAUUUAAUUAUGCAAAUGCAGCCUCUAUGCUUCUUGAAGAUCACCUAGGGUUUUUUUGGUAUUAUUAGGUAGUGAAAUUGAGCUCCUAGAUAGGGCAUCACAACAAUGUACAUAAAUAAGAAGUUUUCCUUUUCUGAAUGUGUAUUUUAUGGUAGCCAGAUGUUAAGUUGAUACUUAGGGUUAAACUGAAAAAUAUGGACCAAAGUAGGUGUUCAUCUCAGAAGUAAGGAGCUUACAGAAUUUCUAGGAAGAUCUCUGCUCACAGUUCACUUCAUUUUAAAACAUUCCAAAUUCCUCCUACACUCUUCUUCCAUUUCUUACUGUUCUAAAAUUUCCUGGAAAUCUCCAAAACCUGUUUAACCCAGCAAAAAAUAAUAAAUCUAAUUUGCAAAAUCCUGUUAUUAAUCUGUCAGCAGUUGUGUAUUCCAAUUAUGUUCUAUCCCUAUUUGAGAAGUAAACCCAGCAAGCUUUUUCAUUAAGAAUAUUUCAGUACUAAGGCUGUUUCAUACACAUAUAUGUAUAAUAAAUACAUAAACACAUAUACAUAUAUCUAUAUAUAAUAUCAAUAUGUGGUGUAGGUAUGUAUGUGUGUACAUCCACGCAAACAUCCACACACAAUGUUUUAAAAGAUAAGAGCAUGCAUUAAUUGGACUCAAGUAGCAAAAAAGAGCAGUUACUCAUGUAAAUGAAUUCUAUAUAAUAAACUAGAUCCAGGAAGCGAGCAGAAUAUUGAGUAUUGCAUUUUCUCCCCUUUUAUCCCUCUCCCCUCCAAGUCACCAAAUGUUUAUUUUCUACACACUAAAGAAAUUUAGCAAAUGAAACUCAUGUAAGUGAAAAAUGAGAGUGUGCCUCUCAAUUUGCUAUCCCCUAAAGUGCCUACUCACUGUGCAUUUAAAACAUUAUUUAAUAAAUCCAUUAGAUUUGUAUGUUAUGCGGGAAAAAAAUUUUUUUAAUCCACAGGCACCAUUUUAUAAGACAGUGCAGUGGAAGAGAUGUACUUUUUGUGGGUUUUCCUAGUAGUCUCAGAUAUAUUCUGGUCCAGUGAUUUUAAUGAUUUCUUAUUGUGAUACUCAUUUGACACAGAGAUUGGUUUCUGAGUAGCAAAAUUUCAGGAAACAAAACAAACUAAAACAAAGCAUCAUGUUUCAGCUCAAUAGCUGAGAUAAGAUUUUUAGUGUACUUGGAAAUGAACUAACUUCAGACGGUUUUCUAAAUGCCUUGAAAGAAAUAUGACAUGCUAUGAAAAAACAAAUCAUUGUCCCAUCCUAAGUCAUCAAACUUAGGGAUUCCAAAUCAACAUUACCAAAAAUUCAAGAUCUGUGCUCAGCAAAAUUCUAUAUAGAACAAAUAGCCCAUUGAGAAAAAUUGUUAAUAUAAAUUUCACUCAUAAAAUUGUAUAGAAUUUACUUCCCCUAAUGUUAGGUAUUAAAAUCAAGGCCAAAAGUUGCUAGAGAUUCAGAAAUCAGUUUCUGAGGUAAAAUGUGAUCUAACCUUAAAAAACAAAAUCAAUAAAAUGACUGCCAUAGUUUACUGAGAUAAAAACUUUGAGCUACCAGAAGUGAUAACCUAAGUCUAGUGCCACUUGACUCUUAAAUCACAUUAAUUCUUUAGGAACUUUUUCUUUUAAAACCUUAUACAGAACAAUUUGUUUUGAGUACAACUUUAAACUGUACAUAACUUCAGUGUGCUAGUGUGUGUACUUCUUUGGUUUACUACUUUGUUAUCUUUCAACAUUUAAUGUUGAUAUUGAAAUAGUAUAGAAAGCAUGAAAUAUAUUUGCCUUAUUUCUGAAUAAAUAUGCAGGAAAAACAGAUGUGUUAACAUUGGUUACAUUGUUAUUUUGCAGGAAUGUAAUCAGCCUUUAGUAGGAAAAAAGUGAAACAUUAAAAAGGAGAUUCAAAGAUAUUUAAUGGUGUUAAUAAGUACAGAGUGAACAAUCGAGCACAUUUCAAGUUUUUAUUUAAGUGCCACAUGUUAACUGUUCAUUAAUAGGCCAUAAAUUAUCACUUCAUAUAGUGUGAUGUUACAUAAAGGUUGGUUAUAACUUAAAUAAUAAACCUGGAACAAUCAUUAAAAGUAGCUAAGGAAAUAGUUGAAUAUGUGUGUAUAGUUGGAUAUUUGUAUUUAUAUGGUCAGUUAUAAUUGCAAAUUUAAAAAAUUGUGGGGGACAUAUCACAGAAUUUAUACCCCAUGUAAAGUACCAUUUUGAUUUUUGACUUACUGAUAUUCAUGAGUUUGCAGUAUUUUCUGGAUUCUGAGUACUACAAAAAUUAUUAAUAAAAUGCAUAAAUUGCUAUAUUGAGUGUAUUGAGGAUUUCAUCUUCACGUGAUAAAAUUGUCAUUUCUGUCUUCGUUUGUAUAAAUUAAGCCAAGGAAGAAAUUACAUUAACUUUAUAUUAUACAUGCAGUGAUAGAGUUUCCAUCCUUUCAUACCAGAAAUUGGAUUUGUUUUAGACAUAAGUAUGUCCAUUGCUGGCAAUGGAUGUUUUCUGACUUCUGGUAUUAACAGAAGGAAAAGAAGUAAUGGGAUGUUUGCAAACAUACGUACUUCUGUGAUGUGUGUAUGUACAUACAUACACAUACACAUAGACAUACACAUAUGUAUACACACAUAUCCAUCUACUCUAGAUCUAUGCAUAUGGAACAGAAAAAAAAUGAUUUGUGUUUAUAUGGUUUCCAAUGCAAUUCUUUCUAUUUAUCUCCUUGAAAUUAAACAUAUUUUUGAUAAAUCAUUUUUAAAUCCUACUCAAAAAAUGAAGUAAUCCUAAGUGAGAGGUUUGGAAGGAUACAUUGUUAUUUAAGUAUAUGACCUAUGUGGUGAGUCUUAAGGUUCUAUACCUUUCUCAUGGUGUUAACUGGAGAGCAAGGGGCUAGACUCCCCUGGUACCAAGCACUGAUGCAAGAAACAUAAUGUGACUACACAGUGAAGCAAAUAAAAUUAGUAGGAUUUAGUGAUUUAUUGUGUUGUAGACUGACAAGCUAAUUGAGAAUUUUAUAUUUUCUACCAUUGUUUUGCAGUCACAAAAAAUUAGCCUCCAUGCCUCUUUAUCUUCAUUUAAGUUUGGAAUAUAUUGUCCCAAUAAUUAUAUUAGGUUCCCUUCUCUAUCAUGUAUCUUAUACAUGUUGAACAGUUUCUAUGUAUUACCCUUCUUCCCCAACAACAGUGCAAAGUCUUACUAUUACUUUAUCUUAAGUGAACAAAGUGAAUUUAUUAUAAAAGGAAUUUUAAAGGAGGUUCAAAAUGUCAUUUUUAGAGUAUUUAUUUGUUCAAGAGUUUAUUACACAUUUGACUUAAUAGGUUGCCAGGGCUCAUGCUUGGCACCAAGAAUAUAAAAGGCAAGACCAAAACAGACCUUGUCCUCCAGGACCAUUCCUAUUAUUGGCGGUUGGCCAUUUCUGUUUAUGUUUAGCCCAGCAUAUAAGGUUCUAGAAUAAAAUUUACAUUGUGAAUGCAAUGGAAACCAAUGGAAAAUUUCCUAAAGGAGAAGAGAUUUCUAUAACUCACCACAACUUUAGCAAGUGACUUUUAAACGAACAUUAACUGACUUGAUCUUCCACUGUCAAAGCAUCAUUAAUUGAAUGAAAACUCAAUUAGGUACUAUACUCAUGGUAAAUGGACGAACCAGAAUUUGAAGGCUUAAAGGUAGUUGAAAGAUAUGACCACUGUUCAGGUCAUUGCUUUGAGGUCCUGAAGAAUUAAAAUGUAGUGCUUCCUUAUGCUAAAGGAUCAUUUUUUCAUCUUUAACAACAAAACUGUAUGAUUUUUUGGUUCUAUUUGAUAUCCAGAUAUGCCAUAUAAACUUUUCUAUGGCAGACCUGACUACUUUAUAAAUAGUAGGAAAUGCCAUAGGUUUGUGUACUUAAUAACUAAUUUGAAAUGAGAAAAUAGGCAAGAUUAUUUUAGAAUCAUUAAUAUGUUGGUUGCUAGUCCUCAAUCAUGUAAAAGUACUGUCCAAAGUCAUGUCAAUUCAUUGCACAAUAAAAUCACUGUGAUUUGUAUAUAAACCCUAGUGAAAUGUUACUGCUGUUUAAUUUAUAUAAUGCCUGUUGAUUUCUGGAUUUGUUUAAUAAACAUUUGUAUCUUUUAAAAUGUCUAAA